GAAACCGCGUCAGUCUCGCCCAAUGAGACGCGUUCCUGAUUCGAAGUUCCUCCCAUUGCCAGUGGAAGUUGUUCCUGUCUUCGAUUAGAGAAAUGCAUUGGCUUAGGAGUCUUCUGCCAAAAAGGUCUGUUCAGCUGCUUAUACAAAGGUCUUACUCUUCACCAAGGCAGCUGCCUACCUUAACACUCUUUACAAAGGAUCCUUGUCCCCUGUGUGAUGAUGCAAAAGAAGUCCUUGAACCAUACAAACAUCGAUACACACUACAGCAGGUUGACAUAACCCUUCCUGAAAAUAAAGUCUGGUAUGACAGAUACAAAUUUGACAUACCAGUAUUCCAUUUAAACGGCCAGUUUCUGAUGAUGCAUCGAGUCAACACCACACUUCUGGAAAAACGAUUGGCAAAGCUGGAGGAAAGCAACUAAUUGUUUAUGAAUGUCAAUAUCAUGUAUGUUUUUUAUUUUGCUUUCCUGUCAUAACAUGUUAUUUUCCAGAGUGUGUAUGACAAGGUUGUGUAUCUAACAAGUAAUAAAGAGCUUGUUUGUUUCACCGUG